AUGUCUCAGAAUCAGCGGGAGGCGUGGGAACGUCUGCAGAUGAUGCUGCAGCAGCGCAAGGGUGGCUUUGGUGGCGGGUUUCCAUCCGGCGGCCGAGGCGGCAUGGGAGUGGGAGCCAUCGUGUUAGUUGGCCUGGGAGCCUGGGCUGUGUCAAAUUCUCUCUUCAACGUGGAUGGCGGUCACCGCGCCAUCAAGUACUCCCGGCUAGGUGGUGUGAAGAAGGAAAUCUACAGCGAAGGAACCCACUUCCGCAUUCCCUGGGUCGAAUCUCCCAUUAUCUACGACGUCCGCGCCAAGCCUCGCAACAUCCCUUCGCUGACCGGCACCAAGGACCUGCAGAUGGUGAACAUCACUUGCCGUGUCCUGUCGAGACCUCGUGUGGAUGCCCUUCCGCAAAUCUACCGAACUCUGGGCCAAGACUUUGAUGAGCGUGUGCUGCCAUCGAUUGUCAACGAGGUGCUGAAGAGCGUGGUUGCUCAGUUCAACGCCAGCCAGCUGAUCACACAGCGUGAAAAUGUUGCCCGUCUGGUCCGCGAGAACUUGGCUCGUCGCGCUGCGCGGUUUAACAUCACCCUGGACGAUGUUUCCCUGACUCACUUGACCUUCUCUCCCGAAUUCACCGCCGCUGUUGAAGCCAAGCAAGUCGCUCAACAGGAUGCCCAGCGCGCUGCUUUCGUGGUCGACAAGGCCCGCCAGGAGAAACAGGCCUUCAUCGUGCGCGCUCAGGGUGAGGCCCGCUCUGCGGAACUGAUCGGCGACGCGAUCAAGAAGAGCAAGAGCUACGUUGAGCUGCGCAAGAUCGAGAACGCCCGCCAGAUUGCCACGAUCUUGCAGGAGAGCGGCGGCAAGAACAAGCUGUACCUGGACACCCAGGGCUUGGGGCUGAAUGUGAACGCGAACACCGAGGAGAAAUAG